UGAGAAAAGUGAGAGAAAUCCUGACGUCACCUGUGCGCGCUGACACCUGCGCGGUACGGCCCGGGGUCAGCAGGAGGAACUCCGAUGACUGCGGAAGCGGAGCCGCGAUUUUGCAGGUCCUAGCCAGUAGGCAGCAGUGCAUCAUGGGAAGUCGAUGGAGAGGAUAUGACAUCUACAGAGAUGAUAACGGCCCAGUAGAGACAGUAAACAACCGCUCGUACCAAAUCCACCCCAACCCCUCCGCCCUGAUGUCGUCCACCACAGCAGACAUCCACCAGUCCGACCGCACCAACUCCAACGUCCCGCCCAACACGUUAAACCUCCAGUCGUCACUCAACGACGCCAUGAACGCGGCCACGCGGACCACCACCGGAGGAAAGAGCCGGAAGAAAUACGCCACGACAGACCUGUCUUCCAUGGGCAUCCCCGCGGGGCUGUCCGAGCCGACCUUGAACCAGACUAGCGUCACCACGGACGACCUUCACCGCCUGCGCGCCGGCUCACAGUCCAAACGGAAGGAUGCGGACUCGCCCAAGGCGCCCGCAGUCCAGAACGCCAACCAACCGGCGGAGACGUCCCGAGAAACGACCGGCUACUCGUCCAAACGGAAGGGCUUCCUGGAUUACUACGCCGACCUUGAGAAGUCGGCGAACACGAAGGUCGCGGAGGCGUGGGAGAAACAGCUUCCCGAGGAGAACACCAGAAUAGCUCGGAUCGAGGAGAAACUGAAGCAGCCUCCGCCGGACAGCGCCAGUCUGUCGGAGCCGCCCAAACCGGAGCUGGGACCGGUGGCGAAGCUGGCGCUGGAGAGGUGCGAACAGAACAGGAGAACGAGAGUCAGCUCUGACAUCCAGCACUACAAAGCUCCAGUUACGGAGGACCUUUACGCCACCAGCGCGAAGACGAAGGUGGAGGCAGACAGGUUAGAGCGCCCACGGGACCUUCCCGAGCGCCCCAGGGACCUGCCCGUGCCCCGGUCCAUCAGCGAUGAGGGCUACGACGGGAUGUUCAGCUCCCCGGAGGCAGACCACCAGCCGACACCUUCAGUCGACGAGGAUGAUGAUGAUGAUGAUGAUGAUACAGAGGUGGAGGAUGAGACUGAUAAUGAAGUGGAGGAUGAAGAUGUGGAACUGGAGGGUUAUGAGAGGCCCGAGUCUGCCCAGGUAGCGCCCCCCCACACCGAGGCAGAAGACUCCGGACUCGGAGAGAACCAGGCGUCCCCGAAACUCCCGCCCGGCUGGGAGAAGGUCACGGAGACAGAGGGCAUCUCGUUCUACUGGCACAUCCCCACGGGCACCACGCAGUGGGACCCCCCUCCCCCACCCUCCGGGGACGAGCUCAAGCCUCGCACGGACAGGAAGGACGAGGACGAACAGGUUGAUAAGGAGCCUGCUGCCUCCACCCCAGACCAGGACUCCAGCCUGCAGGAGUUCCAGAAGGCAACACUCACACUCGCUAGCAAAACUCUCAGAAGUGAAAGUGUGAGGAAACCACCAGAAGAGGAGGAGGAGACCAGGACUGGAGGGGAGAAAAAGUGCUACGCAGUGCGGUCUCUAGGCUGGGUAGAGAUGGCAGAAGAAGACCUGGCGCCAGGCAGGAGCAGCAUGGCAGUGAACAACUGCAUCAGACAGCUGUCCUACAGGAAAACUGACAUCAGGGACACCGCUGGCAUCUGGGGGGAGGGUAAGGAUAUGUUCAUGGUUCUGGAAGGCGAGGACCUGAAACUGCUGGACCCGACAGACAGGAAGGUCCUCCACGUUCAGCCCAUCCCCCAGAUCAGGGUGUGGGGCGUGGGGCGUGAUAACGGAAGAGAUGCUCUCUCAAUCUGUCUCUUUGUCGCACCCUAUCUGUGCAGAGAAAGGGACUUUGCCUAUGUGGCGCGAGACAAAGUGACGCACACCCACAAGUGCCAUGUGUUUCGCUGCGACACGCCUGCCAAAGCCAUCGCCAACGCUCUGCACGAAAUCUGCACAAGGGUGAUGACAGAGAAGAGAAGAAUGAAGGAGGUUGCCAUGGCACAACAGAGGCAGCAGGCCGAGAGGAUAGACACACCAAAGGAACCAGCUGUACUAGAAGCAAGCAGUGAGAAAGGUAUCAAGGUGCUAAACGAAGCCAUAGACUACGUCUCCAGGAAGAACGAAGAUGACUGGAUCCCAGCGACGGUCGACGUGGCGCCUUCCGCUGUCACAGUCAAGAGCAAGGAGACGAGAGAGCAGCUGACGGAGUGCAGAGUCCGUUUCCUGUCCUUCCUGGGCAUCGGCAGGAACGCAAAUGGAAAGAUGUUUGGUUACAUCCACGCCCUGAGUGCGACCAAGUUUGAGGCUCAUGUGUUCCACUGUGAACCCACGGCUGCCGCCCUGUCCAAGGCAGUGGAAGGAGCGUGCCAGCUGAGGUAUCAGAAAGUCAUCGACGCUCGGCCGGAGAUUCUGAAGUCCAGCAAGCCACAAGCACCAGCGGAAAACAAGAGGUGGUCAUCGGUGAAGUCGGGGUUCCAGAACAUGCUCGGUCUGCGCAGAAACAGCAAGACGAGACAAACGCCGCCACCCGAAGACCGACAGACGCAACCCUCCGCAGAAUAGACCAACCGUGUGCUCUCAGCGCGAGACAGGGCCUACAAGGCCUGUAGGACUUGUCGUGUACAUAGUGAAUUUAUCCAUGCAAUGUUGAAUGUGGGAGCUCUGACAGGCUCCCAACUGUAGACACUUACCACAGAUAUACACCAGACCAACAGUUCUACUUACACCAAAGUCUGUAAAGCUUUAUGUUAGGGUGGAGGUUUGAGGACAAGGUUCUUGCCAUAGAUGAGUUUGAUUUUAAUAUAUUUUAGUAUUAACCUUUGUACUAACCUACUUAACCAUUUUCUGGCAAAGUCUUGCCAGAAUUUAGUCUAACUUUUAUUGCGAGGUUUUUAAUGAUUCUUGUGAGGGAAUUCUUAAGAUUUUAUGAUGUCUUAGCAUCGAAGGGUUAUUUUCUAUUCAGUUGUCUUACAAUAGGUACUUUACCUGGUGAACCACCCUUAGCCAAUGUGGAAAAGCAAAAGGCACUUUUUUCAGGUUGUCAUGGCAACAGCAGGAAUCGUCAUGGCAACAGCAGGAAUCGUCAUGGCAACAGCUCUGGUUAAUGCAAAUGUAACCAAGGCCGCUCCAAGUUAAAUCUUUGGUUCUCAGAUUUAGCAAGAAGUCAAGAUGAAUGGCGAGGGCCGGGGGAAGACUUGGGGGCUGGCUUUGUUCACUCCCCGACUGGGACUUUUCAUCUCAGACUCUGUUUCCAUGUGGAUCCGUCAGUUCAGCAUUUUUUUUUUUAUUUGUACAUCGAGAACCAAGAAAUUAACUUGGUGUGGCCGAACUGAACAUUGUGAAUUCUGUCUUGUCUCAACAUAUCAUGAAGCGGUGCCUGUAUCUACGCAAUUAGCACGGCCUCGUCCACAGUUCUGUGGAUGGAGUGAAGGAAUGAAUGAAUGAAGCAGGGAGGGAGAUUUUCAGGAAUAACAAUUGGAGGCCUAGUCUGCAGUGUUCUAUAAUUGUCUAUCUGAAUCGAAUGGUGUCGCAACCAAUAGACACCCAAAUUGUACAUAUGAAAUUUAAUGAAUGAACUAUCGGGCUCAGUGGCCUUGAUAAUGACCAGUCGUGUCCCCAGACACAAGCUUAGGUGUAGAAUCAGCUCCGCACAAUGUCGUGAAAUGUUCGCCAUGAUCGCAAUCAAUGUGGAUUUUUCCCCGGUAAAAUCUAAGGACUUGCCUAAUACCAGAUCUGGUGUGUUGUGGCCAGUCUACUGUCCUGUCAGCAACUUGUAGCUCUCUUUCCUCAGCUGUGAUUGGCUAAGAUGUGGACCUUUUUUCAUUGGCAGAGACACGGAUCGCUCUGAUAGGCCACAAUAAUGAUAUCACAAUGCCAAGAUGUGUUUUUAUUGGCUGAAACAAAAGAUGCUCUGAUUGGUCACAACAGUGACAUCACAAUGCCAAGUUGUGUUUUGAUUGGCUGAAACAAAAGAUGCUCUGGUCCAUGAUUGGCCACAACAAUGACAUCACAAUGCCAAGGUGUGUUUUGAUUGGCUGAAACAAAAGAUACUCUGAUUGGUCACAACAAUGACAUCACAAUGCCAAGUUGUGUUUUGAUUGGCUGAAACAAAAGAUGCUCUGAUUGGUCACAACAAUGACAUCACAAUGCCAAGAUGUGUUUUGAUUGGCUGAAACAAGAGAGGCUUUGAUUGGCCACAACAAUGAUAUUGCAAUGCCGAGAUGUGUUUUGAUUGGCCAAGACAUGAGAGUCUCUCAUUGGCCACAUUAUAUCACAAUGCCAAGAUGCAACAAUAAGACGACACAUUGAAAUUGUACAGAAUGUUGUAAUUGUCACAAGUGUUACAACUUUCCCGCUAGUAGCCAAUCCACAGUGUUACACUGAAGUAUUGAAAUUGCUACAUUUCUUUCACAAGCAAUGUUGUAGAUAGUUAACCAGGAGCUACAUCUGCUGAGAAGUAGACCACUUUUUUUACACGAACCUUUGUUUUUUUAGUCUGUAUACCAAAGGUGGUAGAGUUUCAAUGCUCCUGAGAAGUAUUUUGUUAUAUGCAAUAUAUGCAAGAUUAGUUUUAGUUUGUUAUUUAGGUGGUAUUUUAUAUAAGUUUUGUUUUGGGUGCAAUUUUGGAAGAGGGUGAGACAUAGGAGGGAAAAAGCCAUACUUAGGAAUAGAAUAUAACAUUUAUUUUACUAUUAUUUAUCUCACUAACUUAUAACCUAGUUAACAUUACUAGUUAGUUUAGCUUUCUUAUUUCUUGUACUAAGAAUUCACUGGUGGAAGUUUAUGGAAGGUGGACUUGUGGAAUCCUUGCGUUUCUUAGAGAUCUAGAGUUUUGCCAGCCAAAUGAUAGUUUUUUCUAGGGGUAAAUAAAUAAAUGGACAAAAAUGGUGGGAAUU